AUGGGAAGGGAUUGGUAUUGGAGAAGUAAACAUUCCAAGAGAGAUUCUGCUACUGCUUCUGCUACUCUCCCUGGUUGCAUCACUGCUGUUCUUCACUUGUUUCGUUUCCAUUGUCUUUUAAAUCACCAAACCAGUAGUGGUAGUAGCAGUACUUCUUACAAGCUGAAGCCCCACUCUUUUUCCUCUCAAGUCAUCACCACCAUUGCAGGUACAGAGGCGCCAAGGAACAGCUUGGAGUCGGAGGAGGAAGAUGAAAUCUUAAACAUUCCUAUGGGAAUUCAAAUCAAAACCAAAGUUGGAGAAUCAAACAAUGACAUUGACACCCCAGGGACCAAGACACCUACAUUGGUUGCCAGGCUAAUGGGACUGGAUCUUCUUCCAGAAACAAGGGGUGGCACACGGUCGUUGCCGGUGACUCCGAGAACAUCGUCCGUAAGGUGGUCGGACGUUCAUCAUCGCCAUUCGCUUCAAAUUAACAAAGAAAACAUGAGCGCUACCCAAGAGUUGAUAAUGUCUCGUCUCUCAUCAUUAAUGAAAAGGAAAGAGCUCAAACAUGAAUAUGUGAAGCAGAUUAAAGAAAGUGUUUCCAGGAAAGUUGGAACGAAUAUAACCAACGCGAAAAUUUCAGCUUUAACCAAAGUUGCUGAUGAUUCCACCAUUGUCAAGCACUCUACACAUCCCAGUUUACUUGCAUCCAAAAGCAAAUCAACUAAUUAUUAUAAUCCUCAACAUCGGAAAUCAUCAUUUUCAUCAUCUCCUAGAAUCCAAAAGCAAACCAGUCACAAGUUGAAGCCUGUUGAAGAAGAACAAGAUGAGCAGCAGAAGCCAAGAGCCGCAAGCAAAAGCAAGAAAGGGUCCAACAAGAAGUUCGUUUCCCGAUUGAAGAAGCCUCAACAAGCAUUGGAAAUUAUCCGAAACAAGAAAGAAGAACCUUUCGUUCGUCCUCGUUCAGCAAACAGAGUUAACAUUCCCGACAAGAAAUGCAGGAAAAUCCCAUUGUCCAAUGAUCUCCUGAACAGCAAGGUCCCCACCCUUCUAGUUAAAAAAGACCCUUCUCCUCCAGCCACAAAUAUCCCUCAAAUACAGGUCUUACAUGCUCGAAGACCGAAACAUAGCUCAUCUAGUUCGAUCCAAACGUACAUCAAACAAGAACCAGGGCAAGCACACGUUUCAAGAUGUAACAAUGCUACUAUUACCACCACCGCCACCGUCUCCACCGCCGGUGGUAAAGCAGAACACGAGUACAUUAGAAGAAUAUUAAGACGUACUGGGUUAGACAAAGAUACCCGAGUCUCCAUUUCGUCCUGGUUCUCUCCUUCCCAUCCUCUCGACCCUUCCAUUUUUCACUAUCUCGAAAACGAUAAGAAAAAUGAAACCAAGUCUACCGAAUUGAGCCGCCGGUGCAAUAGGAAGUUGCUGUUUCAUCUAGUGGAUGAACUUUUGAGUGAAAUUUUGAAGCCAUGUUUCAAUAUGAAGCCUUGGGUGGUGAAUUCGGUGGGGCAUGGUUUUAGCUACACGGAUGGGUCUCGACUAAUAGACACGUUGUGCUCGAGAAUCGGAAGCUUUCCUCGGUCUGAUUGUCGUGUUCUUGAAGACAUCGAUGCGUUGAUUGGGAGAGAUUUGCCGGACGUUAAGGUGCAGGGUGUAAUGGCGUACGAGGAACAAGGGGAGGGGAUUGUGGCGGAGAUCGAGAAGGACAUACUAGAGAAUCUGGUGUAUGAAAUGGCUGUUGAACUUUCCCAGGCUUGAAAGGAUUCGUUUU